AUGAUUGUUGAUGAUCCUGAUACAUGGAUUCAUAAUGUCUCAACAGAAUACAAAGAUGCUAUUCCUGAUAUGAGAUGGCAACGUGAAUACAUCGCAGGAGUAACUGAUAUAGAAUCGGAUUAUAUAGGUUCUUUCGAUACAUUUUUAAAUUUCCCAUUAAAUCUUCUUAGUGUUGACGAACUAGUCAAAGCUAAAUUAUACAGCAAGACAGCCGAUUACCAAUCGCGUGCAUUUGGAAUAUUAAUGAACAUUGAAAAUUUAGAUUUCACAAAUAUCGAUAGUUUAUUUGUACUUUCAUUAGCCCUUCGCAGCAAUUCAAAAUUAUUUAAUGAAAUCAAGGCAAUGCCUAGUUUUGACAUCUAUUUAUGGCUUAUCGGACAAAUAAUGGAAAACGAUCCUGUUUUAGCUGCUACAUUAUGGAACGAUAAACUUAUGAUACCUCAGUAUUACAAAGACCGUGUCAAACUUCAAGGAAUUAUACUUUUAUUAGAACCACUUUGCAAAUCAUGGUCAGAUAUUGAAAUACCAUCAUUAGAUAGCGACAAAUACGAAACUAUUUUUGCUUUCGCUUACGGCAACGCUCCAGUUGAUAUCAAAAACUUAUGUCAAUUUAUAUUACCAAGAUUAAUCCCUCAUAUUGCAGAAAGCAAUGCAUCCCAUCUAUAUUUCAGAAGAAUGCUGCCAUAUUGCGUCAUGGAAAACCGAAAAGGACGCAAAUGCGCCUUCAAGAUUCUUGAAGAAAUUUUGGGACACCACACUCACUUCCCUUCUUGCGUUUCCACAUGGAUUUCGAUGCAUCCGUACUGUGUUGCUGCUUCUAACAACCUUUUGGUCGAUAUUGAGAGAAAAGGAAUCAUGACAACUCAAUUGAAACCACUUUUGCGUCAACUUAUUCGUAUAAACAAACUUUUGCAGUCAGGCAAGAUUACUUUGACUCAGGAAACAAAAAUGGAGCUUCCAAGAAGUCUUUGGAGAGUCGAAUUCCCUCCUCCAGAAGAAGAAGUCAAAAUCUGCACAAACACAUGCAAACUUGUGCUCAAAACUUACCAAUCAAAGUGGCUGACUGUUCUUCCUGCUCUGAUAAUAUUAAUUGUUUCAUAUAUUCUCUAUGUUUAUUUGUAA